GCUGCAAUUUCAUGGAUGAGCCGAACUGAUAUCUAGUUCCUGUGGACCCUUACCUCCAAGCUUGUGAGGCUGCGAGAGAGUUUCCAAUGACAGCCAGUCAGCUAUAACUUUGUACAGUGCUGUACAAGUCGUAGCUAAACACCAUAAGCAAUUCAUGGCUGCCCCUUCACUUAUUCUUUUUCAUACUAAUAAUCUAAGUUCUCCCUUUCCACUUUCCUCUCCAAAACGUUAUAAAAACCAAACCCUAAAUGAAAACUCCUUUUUAAACCUCAAGAAGCAAUCUCUACUUCCAAACUUGCUAGUCAAGAAUCCCAGAACCAAGAAUCCUCGCUCAGCUCCUGUUGUAGUCUUCGCUGCACAGUCUAAUUUCUUAAAAGUUGUUCAGACAGUAUGGAAGGUUGGGAAGGAUGGUAUCGAGACAGGGACCAAUCUUGUGCCUAACUCUGUACCGAGACCGAUAGCAAGGGUUGCGGUGACAUUUGUUGUAUUGGCAGUUUCGCUGUUUUUGCUAAAAUCAUUCCUGUCAACAGUUUUCUUUGCGCUGGCUACGAUGGGACUCGUAUACUUCACAUUCAUUGCCUUGAACAAGGACCAAGGGCCAAAAGGAGGUGGUGGUACCACUUUAGAGGACCCUGAAGAAGAAGCAAGAAGAAUAAUGGAAAAGUACAAGUGAAGGUUUUAGGAGUAAGUGAUCCAAUCAUCAAGUUUCUAUGCAUGAAGCAUGGCGCUCUAGAAUUGGGCAUGCGUUUAAAAUAGGAAGAGAUAUUAUAUAUAAAUGCAACCGAAAUUGUUCUUUUGUUUAAAGUAGAUUCAAUCCUUUUGUUUUCUAGAUAGGCUUCAAAAUUCCUGAGCAGUGAAGUUCUGGUUUGGCUUAAACCAGUACCCCAAGAAGUGCUUUUUGAAAUUAAAAGAAAUUCUAUAGAUAUGCACAUUUCUGCA